AGGCCCAAGUUGGUUCCCAAAAGCCCUCGCUUCCGGAGUACCACACUUCCGGGCGCGACUUCUCUUCCGCCAGCUGGAGUGAGUUCCUGGCUGAGCCCGGAUGCUGCGGGUGCUGCGUGGCCUGCGGGGCGUGGCGGUGCACGCAUCUUGGUCUGCGUGGACGAGCACCUCCAGUCAAGCCUGUCACCCGUGCCUUCCCAGCACAGCGACUGCAGAUGAGGGAGUCCCCGAGUUGAGUGUCCCAGCGAUGGCUACUCUCUGGAGGUGCGCCUUGUUGAUGAUCCUGGCGUGCCAGGUGGUGACCCUGGUAAAAUGUUUGGAAGACGACGACGUCCCGGAGGAGUGGCUCCUUCUGCACGUGGUCCAGGGCCAAAUAGGAGCCGGGAAUUACAGCUACUUGCGGUUGAACCACGAGGGUAAAAUUAUUCUCAGGAUGCAGAGCCUGAGGGGGGAUGCGGACCUGUACGUGUCCGACAGCACUCCGCACCCAAGCUUCGAUGAGUAUGAACUGCAGUCUGUCACUUGUGGCCAGGACGUGGUCUUUAUACCGGCACACUUCCAGCGACCGGUCGGGAUAGGAAUUUAUGGACACCCAUCUCACCAUGAGAGCGACUUUGAGAUGAGGGUAUACUAUGACAGAACUGUGGAUCAGUACCCAUUCGGAGAGGCUGCCUAUGCCGCUGACCCAACAGGAGCCAGUCAGAAGCAAGCUUACGCUCCAGAGGAGGCAGCCCAAGAAGAGGAGUCAGUCCUCUGGACGAUAUUGAUUAGCAUUUUGAAAUUGGUGCUUGAAAUUCUCUUCUGACCCCUUGAAUAAGUGCUGGGGCACAAACCCUUAUUUGCAUGGAGCGAUUACAGUUUGCUGCGAACCUUUGAUAUUUGACCUGGUAAAAUUCUGGUUACUUUUUUCUGGACUAGGAUGGAAAAAUAAAGCCAUACAGUUUUGUUACCUCAGUUUACUCCCCAAGCAGGAAAAGCAGCAAGCACAAUAUUUUAGAGAUUAAAAUUCCUAUAAAAAGGAGUCUGCUCAAUAAAAUGUUUAAAUACAUUUUGGUUAGUCAGGUGAGUAAAAAGAUUACAGUAACAGGCUGUAUAAAUCAGAGUAAACUUUGCUGCUAGUGCAGAAGUUAAAAGGCUGAAGACUGUAGAAUUUAUAGACGUUCUAAAUGAAGUACAACACUUCAAGUUUUAAAGAGGUACUAAAGCCAGGUCGGAAAUGCAGUGACAGCUUCGCUGUUCCCAGAGCCUCUGUGCACAGUAGGGAUAUGGUACCUGAUACCUAAGCAAGCUUUGCUGGCAGCAGGUAUUUACAAACUGUUUGUUGCUGUGCCGGUGAUGACGAUUCCAAAUCCAGUUGUACCAGAUCGUGGGCCAUUUGCCCUUUCCCCCACUUAGCCAGCUUGGAGCUCUCUGAUUAUUAGGUUACUAUGAUGCUACCUAAUCAGGUCAAGACAGAGUCAUAACAAGUGGUAACUUUGUUAUAUUCAAGAAGAAAUACUUCAAAUUAAGUUGCUACCUCUUUCAGCUGAUCUCUGGAAAAAGACAAUACUACGAAAUUAAAGUCUGGGGAAAUGAGCCAUUUCUCUGACUUUCUUUCAAGGGUAGAAGUUGCUAAUAAAGAAAUAAAUCAACUUAAUGUUUAAGGUCAUAGUUAACUUCAAAAAAAGUUCUUUAUUGGCAUAAAAAUGAAAGAGUUGUAAAUAAAUUGGCACCAAAUAUCCCAAACAUGAGGGUCAAAGCCUAUUUACCCCUCUUUGCUGUUUUUCCCCCUUCUGCCCACUUUCCUGGGUGUUGGGGGAGCUCGCUGACAACAGUCACAAAUCCAGCGACCUAGGAGAAAAAUUGUUAGUUAAUAUAGAGUGGAAUUUUAUUUUUAUAGGACUGAGUACAAACCAUCUAAACUCAUUCCUGAGCUAUCUGUAGUGAUAUCUCCCUGGGUUUUUAAGUGGGAGGGAGUACUGACUGGUUCCUUAAGCCAAGGAAGAACAUGUAAACAACCCUAAUCAGUGUAACCAAUGCAAUGUGACCUUUCAGUGCAUGGCCAAAAGGCAUAAACAAUCAUUUGUACCUUUAAAAAAAAUUACUGUUAUCUUUCCUAAAAUUCAAAUACCAUUAUGUUCUUGAAACCUCAACAACACAAUUCCUACCGUAGAACCUGUUAAAGCUGGCUUUCUCUGGCUUUUUCCUCCCCUAUUCUAACAGCUCUCUCUCCAUGCACUUUAAAACUAGCACCUAUCCCACAUACUUGAUCUGAAUUAUUACAAAAACUUAAGUGACUAUUCAAGUUGGGUAUUUCUAAAGGAAUUCCAGGAACCUCUUUAUAGAGCACUAUAUAGUGUUAACUAUGCAACUAAGGUCUUCAGAUUGCACAAUUACCUGUACAAUGUUUUAAUAGAAUUACUGUGAUUUACUAUUUGAAUCUGUGUCCAUCCUAAAGUUAUCUGGAAUUGUCAUGCUGCCUCACUUUAUAAAAAUGUCUUAGCAUAUGUAAAGACAUAGCAGUCACUUUGUUAAUAGAUAACCUUUAAAAAUAAAAUCAAACCAUCGAGACAGA